GAAGGGGAAAGCCCUCCCACCAGACUAUUGGGUCCCGGCUUCGCCGGGCUUGGCGCAUGCCCCGGGAACGCGCUGCUCUUUUCUUCCCGGGGGGUCCCGCUUGUACUUGAGGCACCACCGGGAGAAAGCCCAGAUCCCGCCUCCAACCAGGUCCCGCCCCACUUCGAGAUCAGGGAGAGGAGGCGGAUAGUGUCCCCGCCGCCGCCGCUGCCACGGCCGCCGUGCCCUUCACUCCGUCGCCAGCUUGGCGCGCGGCUGGCCAGGUUCUACGCGGCUUUGCCCGGCGAGUCGCUUGUUUUCCCUCGCCAUGCCGGUGGGAGCCUCUCCCUCGGUCAGGUCUCGAUACAACCUAGUGGACGACAGGCACGAUCUACGCAUCCCGCUGCAUAACGACGACGCCUUCCAGCAUGGCAUCGGCUUCGAGGCCAAGUAUAUUGGCAGCUUGGAUGUACCUCGGCCAAACAGCAGGGUAGAGAUUGUGACUGCUAUGAGACGCAUCCGGUAUGAAUUCAAAGCCAAAAGUAUAAAGAAGAAGAAAGUGAAUCUGUUGGUAUCUGUAGAUGGGGUGAAAGUGGUACUGAAGAAGAAGAAGAAGAAGAAAGAGUGGGACUGGGAUGACAGCAAGCUACUGGUGAUGCAUGACCCAAUCUACAGGAUAUUUUAUGUGUCCCACGAUUCCCAAGACCUGAAGAUCUUCAGUUAUAUUGCAAGAGAUGGCUCCAGUAACAUCUUCCGCUGUAAUGUUUUCAAGUCCAAGAAAAAGAGUCAAGCCAUGCGCAUUGUCCGAACAGUGGGGCAAGCGUUUGAAGUCUGCCAUAAAUUGAGCCUUCAGCAUACACAGCAGAAUGCUGAUGGCCAAGAAGACAGCCAUAGUGAAAAGGGCAGCGAGGAUUUGGAAGCAUCAGCCUGUGGUUUGAUUGAACCUGAACCUGUCAACACUACUGAGGAAACAGACAUUGAUGCUGUGGACAUCAGACCGGGGAGUGAUCACUUGGAGUUUACCAGGGGGGUGACAGAUCUUGACGCUGUUGGUAAAGAGACGUCUGGUCUUCUUUGCAUCAAGGACUUGGUUCACAAAGACAAUAUCCUCAUGGCUUCUCCUAAGAUGCUUCUCUCUCCUUCUACCCAAUUGCCUGUGCCAGAGGUUCCUCUCUCCGCUCAUCACCAAAUGCAGUUUCUGCAACAGCUUCUGCAGCAGCAGCAGCAACAGACUCAGUUCACUGUGGCUCAGGUACAUCUGUUGAAAGACCAAUUAGCUACAGAGGCAGCUGCCCGCCUUGAGGCCCAGGCUCGAGUACACCAGCUCUUGCUUCAGAAUAAGGACCUUCUCCAGCAUAUAUCACUUCUGGUAAAGCAAGUGCAGGAACUGGAGUCAAAACUGCUCGGAUUCAAUACCAUGGACUCUCAAGACAACUUGUUGGAAAUCACCUACCCAUCAGGUGCCCUGCCUGUUCUGUGUGAUCCCACUACCCCUAUGCCUGAGGACACCCACCUUCUUCAGCCUGACAACAGCUUCUCCAAUGUUUCCAGUUCUCUGGGCAGCCCUUUAGGUAGGAGUGACUAUUUGGUGAAGCUGGAAUGCUUCCAUUUCCUUCCUAGUAUGGACCCUCCUUUGGGCAGCCUGGAGUUCAUCAAAUUUCAUGAGUCUGGUAUUGCCUCUGAGUAUGAAUCCAACAUGGAUGAGAGCGAGGAGUGGGACUCAUGGGCCCAAAAGGAGCCACGUCACCUGUUUAAUGUCCUGGACAAUCAGGGGCUGGGAGAUAGCCUGGAAGAUGAGAUUGCCCUUUGAAAGGAAAAGGAAGUGUCAUAGGUCUGAUGAUAUCUAAAAUGAUGUUUACAUUUCCUUUUAAAAGGUCUCAACAAGCAUGUCUAUUUCUGUUCUCUCUUCUGAGUACAGAUUCUUCUUGUGAAAGAGUGAAUUUUUGGAGGAAUUAUGGUUCCUGGUCCAUACUGUUAGGCCACUUGAAAAACUCUUUUUCUACUGACAGAACAAGUAUUACCUCAGAUGUCCCACAUCUCUGAUCUUCUAUCACUUUAGAGCAUUGGCAUCUCAAAAAUUUAGCUUUCUUUUAGAAAAGCAAGUUUGAGAGUGAAAGGCUAGUAUUGAAAGUACAUGAAUAAAAACCCAAAGCCAGCAAUGGGAGUGGAGAAGAUACUAGAGGCCUGGAGGCAUGUCUUUAGUGUACAAUAUUUCCCUUUGCCUCUCCCUAUAAAUGUGGGAAAUAGAAUGAAUUAUGCAAGUCGAAUAAUGUAUUUCAUUUGCCUGGUUUUCAAAAUGCCAUUAGGAAGGAGAACACGUUGUAUACAAUGUGUUUGACUUUGGUACAGAAUUGCCUCGUUUGUAUUGUGCUGCCUUCUGUGGGUAGAAUAUGUAGAGUCCUGUUCUUAGCCAAAACUUUUCAACUUUCUGCCUUUCCUGUUUAAGCCUCCCUAUUUAAUCUUCAGAAAGGACUGGUAACCGCCUCAUGCCUAUAAAAUUUGAAGAAAAUGGUUCCGCUUCGAUCAAAUUACAUGUGGAUAACCUGACAUCCAUACCCUUUUGGAAUUUGAACCUGGUCAUUCAUAAAUACAUUUUAGAAACGGCUCCCGCAAUUCCAAAAGAAUAGUUAUAGUAUUUUGUCUUUGGAGUAGAAAGUUCUUGUAAAAUCAGUUUCUCCGUCAUCCAUCUCAAACAAAUGCACACUAUGUGGCUAGCCUGACGCCUCAAUAAACCAUCUCAUGGGAGUGGUUUAUUUGGUUCCAAUUUAACAUGUGUAAACCUAUCUACUGUCUUUCAUUUGGUUGCCCUUUGCAAUGUAUGAACCCAGUUGUAUCUUUGAUGCAACGAGGUUUAGCACAGCCAAUCACCUAUAGCUUCUCCACAUGAUAGAUUCUGUCACAUAUAACUGGGUGCUGAUUGUCUAGUAAAGACUCUGCUCUCAUAAUUGUGUGGCUGAUAUGACAUUUGCAUAUAGCCCAAAUACACAAGUGGCCUUUGUGCCUGCAGCGGAUGUGGAAAAGGGUUAAAUUGGCAUGUGAAGUUCCUUUCUAGCUUGUAUUUUAAUUCAAAUGAUAAAUAAUGUCCUUUAGUGCUUGUUUUAUGUUAUGGCAGUGUGAUACAUUUACAUGGAUCUGUCCUUUGAAAUGUACCCAAAUUAACUUCUUAGCCAUUAGCAGUUAAAAUAUUUUCUGCUUGAUAUUGUGAUUGCUGCUUGGGAAUUAAGACUGCAGAGCUUGAGAUCUGUGAUGUCCAGAGCUGAAGAAGCUUCUUGGAUGAGAAGCAAAAUGUCUUCAAAGAAAAAACAGAGUCCAGUUGCCUGCUGAAAAAGCACUUUUGGAACACGGUAGAGCUUGCUUUUGUUCAGAAAUAAUUUCUGCAAAAUGGAUCACUAGAUUUUUAGUUUUGAUUGUAGUAAUUUUAAGGAAUACAGUAGUUAGGUAAAGCUGCAGAAGAGUUAGGCAAUAUCAGAUGACAGGAAAAGAGCUGAUGUGGUUGCAAUCUACAAAAAGAGGGUGUGAGGGAGUGGAUCCAAUAAACUACAGACUAAUGA